CCUUCUCUCUCCUAGAACUCAGGGGCAGCCGUGCUGCCUCCAGCGCCCCCACUCUGUUUCCUGGUCGCUGGGGGCAGGCAGCUUGUGGACCUGGCCAGGCUAUUCCAGCCUUGGGAGAAGGGAGGUUGAGGAUGACGCUCUAAUGACCGAAUUUGGGCCUGGGGAAUUCUGAAAGAGGAAUGGCUGGGGCGGGGGCCCUGGAGGCUUGGGGCGACCUGCCCCGCGGGGCUUUCUGGCCCUGGUGCCGGCCCGCGCCCGGUGCCCUCUCCUGCCUAGGCAGGCGAGGCGCUUGCAGCCUUCCUUUUUUCACCAGCCAGGGUGUUGGCGAGUUAGACCUCCCAGCCUCACGGGGCUGCUGUGCGGCUGCGGCGACGUUGGCGACUGCGGCGCUGCGGCGGAGACGAAGGGCUCGGGAGGCGGCGCCAUGGACUGGUGACUGCAGCUGGAAGUGCCCAUGACCGAGCUGGAGUCCUCCGGGGGCGGGUCCCCUGUGGGGGACGGGGAGGAGGGUCUGGGGGACGAGCGAGGCCUGGUCAUCCACCACCCUGCCGAAGAGCAGCCCCACCGCUGCCCCCUGUGCGGCCAGACCUUCUCGCAGCAGCCCAGCCUGGUGAGGCACCAGAAGGCGCACGCCGGGGCGGGCCGCGCGGCCUCCUUCGUGUGCCCCGAGUGCGGCAAGGCUUUCAGCGUGAAGCACAACCUCGAGGUGCACCAGCGCACGCACACCGGGGAGCGACCCUUCCCCUGCCCCGAGUGCGGCCGCUGCUUCAGCCUCAAGCAGAACCUGCUCACGCACCAGCGCAUCCACAGCGGCGAGAAGCCGCACCAGUGCGCGCAGUGCGGCCGUUGCUUCCGGGAGCCGCGCUUCCUGCUCAACCACCAGCGCACCCACGCGCGCAUGCCCGCGCCGCACCCGCGCCGGCCCGGCGUCUUCGGGGAGCGGCGACCCUACUUCUGCCCGCGCUGUGGCAAGAGCUUCGCACGCGAGGGCUCGCUCAAGACCCACCAGCGCAACCACGGCCACGGGCCCGAGGGCCAGGCGGCCCACCUAGGCCGCGUGCUAUGACGCGCACGUGGCCUGCCACCCUCGGCUGCCUCCAGGCCCAGAGCCGCGUUCCGGGGCCCUGGAGAUGGCGCUGGGCCGCGGCCCUCUCUCUGGACAGGAUCCCGGGAGAGGGGCAAGACUGGCUCAGGACCCUCUGCAGCUGCUUUGGGCUCCUGCGUUGGUCUUCCUCAGGCUCCUGCAGCCUACAGCAGGUACAAAAUGGGCAGGACCUCAUAGCCCAGAAGGUGCCGGGCACAUCUGGGCACAGAGACUAGGAAUGGAGUCCCAUGGGGACCUGCAUGGCACUGCACCCUGGCAUGAGACACGUCCUCUAAGAAGAUCUACCUUGGGAGGUGCCCUGCAGUGACCUAUAGAGGUGACCUGAUGGAGCCUGGAAUUAGAGGCCAAUUCCAAGCCCUGGUGGGAAGACUCCCCAGGCCUCAUGGGAGUCACAGCAGGGGCAGGCCUCCUGCUGACUUCCUGGCCAUGGAUCUCUGCUCUCAUGUGGCUGCAGGGAUGGCAUCUGUGGCCUUUCUGCUCCUGCCUGGUCCGCCAGUCAGCUAAAGUUCAGAGACAGGAAGUGGCUGGUUUAAGUCAACACAGCAGGUCGGUGGCAGGUCAGGCUUGAGGCAGAACCUUGCCCUGUGUGUGAACAGUUCCUGCAGACUUCAUUUCCUUUCCGAGCCAGAAAGGUUGUUAACACUUUGGGGUCACAGGCCCUUUAAAAACUGGUGAAAAUUAUGGACCUUCUCCCCAGGAAAACAUGCAUACAUACUCACUUAGACUAAAAAGUUCCAAGCAGCUGGACUCCAGACAAAGAACCUCAGCCCUGGAGGCUUCACCUGCCACCCUUCCCUUACCUGACACUCACAGAGCCCCGAGUUAAGGCUGCCAUGCGAGUAGUGUUUCUCUCUCCCCCUGAGCUCGUUCCCUUGUUUGGGAAUAAAGAAUUCUAAGGUGGAGAUUCAUAUAGUCAGUCCCUUCUCUCAGACAUAACAUUGCACCAGAUUUCUGGAAUCUAGUUUCCCUUCCUCUGACGUCACCAAGGUUCCCUGGACUGGUUUGCUCCUCUGCGUUUGUUUCUUGUUCUGCCAGCAGCAUGCUGGCUUGUGAAAUGGAGCCCCUGCUCAGCGUAGGCUCCGAUUUCACUGUGAGGUGUUGGGGAGCUGGAUUCUGAGGAACUGGUCCACGUCUACCCAGGGAAAAGAAAACCUGCUUCCAGCAGUCACACUCAGACAAGGUGCCUCCUGCCCAACCAGGUGCAGAUCCAGGCAGGUCUUGUGGGAGAGCUGGGGAGGAAGAGGGUAGAGCCCUGCUGCAGGUGGCUGUGGCCAGUGGGAGAGGCGGUGCAGAAGCUGGGUAUCCCCAAGCAGAUGGGUACAAGUGGCAGGGCCAGGCUCCAGGCCAGUUGCAGUGCUUGGUCUUCACACCUGAGCAGGUCAUCCUGGAGCCUACAGGGCUCAUCUGCCUCCCCAGAAUGAACUGCCCAUCAAAAAAGGUGGGACCCACUGGGGCUGCAAUGGAGGCCGUUGGAUCCCUGCCCUGGGUUCUUCCUGCUCCUGUCUCCCAUGCAGUUGGACCCGUAGACUCUUCCUGGACACCUACUGUAUAGGAUCGCAGAAUGCUUGGGGCAAUAGGAAAGGGGAGGCACUCCCUGCCCUGGAAGCUUCCACGUGGCUCCGGUCCUUGGCCCAACCUAGGGAGAACCACAACAGCACGCCCUCGCUCUGCUCACCGUUCAGCUUGUCUCCUUGCUGUACCUGUGCUGUGCCUUCCCCAGUAUUGCUCGGAAAUGUCCCCUUCCUCCUCCUCCCCACUGAGCUCUCCACCAGGGUCGACCUCCUUGCCUUCCUUCUCUGUACAGGCCCUGUGUGAACACACUGUCACCCCUGAGUACGCUGUGCCGUCUAGUCUUGUGCUGUAGUUUCCUCUGUGUGUGUGUGCGUGCACAGGUGUGCAUGAGUCUCGAGUCUCCAACUAGACUGUGAGCUCCCUGAGGGCAAGGGACUGUGCCAUUUCCUCUCGGACCCCGGCUGGGUCUGGCACCGGGCUGGACUCCUAACUCUCAGGAACACUUGUCCACUGGCUGAUGAAGCAAGUGCUGGAGUGGGGGCGGGGCUGGAGGAGUGCGGGGAGAGGGCAUGCCAGUUAACUAGUGGGCUGUGGGCCGGCUCCCUGGGUCAAGAAUGGACACCGGGGGCCUCAGGUCCUUCACUACGUGCAGGCAGUGGAAGCCGGAGGAUCCCCCACCCGCUGACCACCCAUGGCUACACAGGAGUAAAGGGUCAUCCAGGCUGGCUAUUUUUGGAGGUCACUGACACCUACUGGAGCUGACCGAGUGGAAUAAAUGUUCUCACGACAUCAGCUGGUGUGAGGAGUAGUCCUUGGGGCUUAGCUGGGAGCAGGUGGAGGCCUCACUCUUAGCCAUCAUCAUUU